CACGUAAAACGUAAUACGUAAGCCAGACGCGGAAGUCAGAACAGUUGUUAUCGUUUUAGCCCGAGAGAAAGCCGCGUUUGCUCAUUCCUUAAUCGAAACACGAAGGAUUCACACAAUCCAUCAUGCUUGGUGGUGGAUUCAAAGCAGAGAGGUUACGAGUGAAUCUCAGACUCGUCAUUAACCGCCUUAAACUUCUGGAGAAGAAGAAAACCGAAUUGGCCCAGAAAGCUCGGAAGGAGAUUGCAGACUACCUGUCGGCAGGCAAAGAUGAGCGAGCCAGGAUCCGUGUGGAGCACAUCAUCAGAGAAGACUACCUGGUGGAAGCCAUGGAGAUCCUGGAGCUCUACUGUGACCUGCUGCUAGCUCGCUUUGGACUCAUCCAGUCAAUGAAAGAGCUUGACCCAGGCCUUCAGGAGGCCGUAUCUACACUCAUCUGGGCUGCUCCCCGGCUACAGUCUGAAGUUGCCGAGCUCAAAAUUGUUUCUGACCAGUUGUGUGCAAAAUAUAGUAAAGAGUAUGGCAAGCUCUGCAGAUCCAACCAGAUCGGAACAGUCAAUGACCGGCUGAUGCACAAGCUGAGCGUGGAGGCUCCACCAAAGAUCCUUGUGGAACGCUACCUCAUAGAGAUCGCCAAGAACUACAAUGUUCCCUACGAGCCUGAUGCAAUGGUUAGGCCAGAGGUGUCACCCGGAGAGGAGGCUGACCUCAUUGACGUUGACAGUGACUUCAAGAAGGGUGGCAUGGGUGGUGGCAGUGGUGGCGGAGGAGGUGGUGGAGGAGGAGGAUUCGCUGUGCCCGCUGGAGCUAUGCCCAUGCCAAUGCCUAUGCCAAUGCCCAUGCCCUCUGCGUUUAACUACCCGCCACCCAAAGGAGCUGAGCCCUUUAACGGUCCUGCCGGCUUCAACUUCCCGCCCCCUGGCAUGGGAGGGCAGCCCCCACAACUGCCCAGCUGCCCCCCCACAUAUGAGUCUAUUGACGAUUUAUCUGUGAAUGCCUCUGACUCCCAGGCUAUGGCAGGCCCUGGUGCCUCGGCUGGGGUGUACGACAACAACGCCCUCCCGGAGCUCCCCUCCGUACCCGACACGCUGCCCGCGGCCUCCUUCGGGGGAGGGGGAGGAAGAGGAGGAGGAGGCGGCAGCUCCGCUACAGCCUCAGACGACAUCGACUUUGACGACCUGACCCGCCGCUUCGAGGAGCUGAAGAAGAAGACCUAAGAUGGCCGCACCUGGACGUGGUUCCUCCCUCCUGUGUGGCUCUGGCGUUUACGGCAUAUCGCAUUCACACUAGUCUUCAGAGGAGUAUUCCAAGAACAUGGUUAAGUGAUAAAUCUGAAUAAGUUAACCUACAGGAAGUGGUAAAUCAGCUAAUAGGUAGGCUGCAGGCAACAUUUAGUUAAGAAAAUGCAUGCUCUUCUAUUAGAUAAUUUACUGCUACCUCAAGGUCAACUUAACCUGGUUUACCAUUGAACCAGCUUUGUGGAAUACCCCGCCAGGACUGAGAAAAAUGACGCAACAACGCAACAACAACACAGAAAAAAGCUGGUCAGUUUCACUCACUGGCAACUUCUUAUAAAAUCUCUGGCUCCUCAGCUGUUCUGCUCCCUGUCCUCCCGCCACAUGUCUGUGUGUGUAAAACAUGUACCUCAUCCAAGCACUCCGGCCCAGUAGGCUAUACUUCUGGUGGAGGUUCACAUAGCUUCUCUUUUUCUCAAUGCUAAUUGUUCAACUGACCAAUGAUACUUGUGAAUUAGAACAUCAGGAAAAGAAAAUGAGCAUCUACUACUACUACGCUUUAUACUAAUAACACGAGCCCUUUGUAUGUAUGUAGGUGUAUAUAAACAAUUUUUACAGAGUCACUUUGAACAUAUGUAUGGCCUCUCUGGCAGAAAUGGUUCAGCGUCUUUGAUUUAGAUAAUGCAGCAUGCAUGGAAAUCCCCAUGUUGGCAUCCUCUCUAUAAAUAUAGUGAAUGUUUCCACACAGUUGAAAAAUAUGAUACAGUUGUGAAAAUGAUACUCUUACACAAAGGAGCUAAGAUGCCGCUCAAAUUAUUUGUAGUGUUCCAACUUGUCUCAAAUGAUAAGUUAGACCCAUGUGUCUAAAUACGUCACACCCUGAGCUGUAAUGGAAAGCUUUUUUUUACCAUCACCAUCAGACAAGAAAAGCCUGCUUGUCCGGUUCUGUGUCGUGCCAUUUGUUGAAGUUGUGCCCAGUGUUUUCGGUAAGAACCAGGUCUACAGGUUUACUGUAGUCUUCUGAAGGAGUCAAUUCCCUCUGGGUAGUUACAAGUGGAAGUGCAUCUGUCACAGAAAUAUAAGGGUCAAAGGGGAAUCUUAAAAGUUCAGAAUGCAGAGGAAGUCCUCGUGACAGCAAUGCAUGAUGCCGACAAAUACCGAUAAAGAAGUCAUAUCAUUCUUCAUUUAGGAUUUUUUUCUCUUGUGUGAUUUUGGUUUGCUUUUCCAUACGUUUUAUGAAAUCCAGCUUUCUUGUCAAAUAUACUAUUUAAUGUACUCCGCGUCUGGCACUUUCAGUAUAUUUCAGAACAUUUGUUUGCUGCACAAUGGUGAUGAUGAAUGUGUAUCGUUAUAUCUUAUAAAGACACCUUGUCCCCCAUUCUUCAUGACUGUCACAGUUUUCCAAAAUUCCACAAGAAACAACAACAGUAAGUUUACUUCCUUUCUCGUGCCAUGCUUUCCCAAGUUCAUCGCUCAAUUAUGAAUCAGGUGGUGUUUCAUACCCUAUAAUUUUAUUCCCCUAUUAUUUAUUGUUUUGGAUACAGUAGGCUUGCACUGCUCCUGUGAACCUAUGAACUGACUCUUCUCUGUCUAUCGUCAUUAAAUGUCUUUUAUUCUUCAGUAAUAUGUGGUGGAUUCCAUCCAUCUUUUUUUGUCACAAAAUAUUGGAAACAGUCGGAUUGCAGAUUUUGGGUUCAGGAUGUGUUUUGAGGAUACUCACCACAGGCCAACAGUUUGCCUUCGUGUUCAUCUUUUAUCAGUGGCCUUGCUAUUUCCGUUCAAUUUGUAGUUACAAAUGACUGUCUCAAGAAGUAUGUCGGUGAUAAACACCAUGGAGUGUCAAGACUACUGAAACACCAUCUUUCUUUUUCUCUCUUUUUUUCUGUGGGAUAGACCAGGAAGCAUAAAAAAGCGCAAAGUUACAGCUUUUUGUGUUGUAUUUCAGCCCUUUCUACUUUGUACAGCAAAUUGGGAGGUCAUUUAGUAACAAUUGCGCUUUUUGCAAAGUAAACUAAUCCUUCUGUGGACUCACAAAAAAAUUGAACACUAUUGUACAGCAAACCUGUCAGUUUUGUCUGAAAUACUUUUAUGAAGUCUCAUAAAAAUGUAGGAAUGGCUAUAUAUUCAUUUUUGUUCUCGGAUUCGUACUCAUUUGUCAUUUUAAGAAAAACAUUUAAUAAAAACAUCUUUCCAAGAUAA